AUGGCGUCGUUGAUCAAGGAUGGGGUUUUGCUGGAACUAACGGGACAAGCCCCCUCACCCUCAAAAGAUUACCACCAGCUGCUUAUCACACGAAAAGAGGUGAUACAUCGCUGGUGGAGAAUUUCACUUCGUAAUGAUGCCAAGAAAGUUGCCCCAGGUGAACUCCGAGAGACACUGGAAGAUUUCAUAUACGAUGAUACACUUCAGGCUGAAAUAAAACGUAUUUUCAGUGAAUCGUGGUGUGAAUAUGCCAAGAACCUUUGUCAAGGCAACAUAGAUUACAUUGUCAGAAUGCCUAAGCCUAUACAGAUAUUAAUGGCUUCCUAUCUGGAGUUGGAAGAUGUAGCUUCAUUGGCACAGACAUGUAAAACCUUCAGGGAGGUUUGUAAUUCUGAUGCAUUAUGGGAACGCAUCUAUGAAGACAACUGUGAUACUGUAACAGAGGAAGUCAGAUCAUUGGCUCAAGAUGUGGGAUGGAAAGAACUGUUUUUCCUUAAUAAACUACAACUACAGGUGAAGCUAAGAAGAAAGCGAGGCAAAGGCCAAGUUAGCAAAGGAAAUGGAGAUACUGUCUUCCUUACAUCCAAAUAAAAAAUGGAUUGCCAAACUACUCAAUGCAGACACUUAUAAUGUAUUUAAACAUUGCAUCUUAAUAUCAACUAUGUGAAAGCUGCUACACCAAAAAUGCUUAGCCAACACUCAUGCAGUGUCGUAAAACCAGAUCUAUGUUAUCUGAUAUCUAGAUUUUUUUCAUGUUGUAGUUUUCUCCCAUGUUAUAUAUUUCUUGUACAGUUUUUCAAUCGUAUUUUUCAACAUAGUUGUAACCAAUUUAGCUCCAAAGAUAUAUAUAUGAGUUUUUUAGAUCUUUCCAUCCAUGUUUACCAUAUUGUAUAAUUCCAUCCAUUGUUUUACUAUAGCUUACAUUACAUGUGGCGCAUAUAGAUGCCUUUUACAU